AUGCCGGGGAUCAAGACCAUCAUAUCGCUUUCCUUCGUCCUGGCCGUCGGGUUCCUGCUGGUCAUCCUGUCGUGCGCCCUGUUCAAGGUCUACUACCCGCUGCUGGUCGUGGCCACCUACGUGCUGGCACCCCUGCCGAACUGGAUCUGCAGCCGUUGCUCGAACCCGGAUGACUUUGUUGAGAGCAGCGGAAAUGCCGUUCUCGACCUCGGACGGUUCUGCACUGGAUUCCUGGUCGUCAUGGGUAUUGCACUGCCCGUCGUACUCUACCACUCCACGCUGAUCAACGCCGCCGCCAUGGCAAUGAGCAUCAUCGGAGGGCUGUUGAUUUACGGCACCAUUAUCUCUUUCGGCAUGUUCUUCCAGGAGGACCAGGAGUUCUAG